AUGGCGGAAGUCGUCGGCGUCGUCUCCGCUGGUGUCGGCAUAGCAGCCUUUAUCGUCCAGAUUACUGGGAAUAUCAGCCGCCUGAAGGAGAUCCGUGAUUACAACCAGAACAAGGCUGGAGAUGAGAUCGAGUUCCUAGUUCGCAGACUAGAGUUCUUGCAGAAUGUGCUUGUGUCUUUGCAGUCAUAUGAAGGGAAUCCUAUCGUGGAUAUUGCGAUCAAGAACUGCCAGUUGGAAUAUAGCAGAGUUGACGAUAUUCUGCAAAGAGUUGCGGAGACAAUUUCACGAGCACAGGCUGACAGAAGCAAAAAGUGGAAGACUCUCGUGAAGCCUCCAGAAAUAGGAAGGGAUCUUAAUAUAGCGAAAGAGAGGAUUACGGGGGUUAUUGUUGACCUGACGUGCUCCUUUACAUUAGUCCUCCAUCAAACCAUUCCCAGUCAGAUUCUAGCAGCAGGGGCACAUAAUAGCAGCCGUAUCACCGACAUAGAGUCUGCAUCUGAAGCCAAAGUGUCGAAUGUCGUUGCUGCCACGACGCCAACAGAAUCAAACCUAGGCACACUCACAGCCUCUGAAAACAUAAUACGUCCCAACAGAAGACAGCCUUGCAGCGUGAAACACUGCCAUUGCUCCUGUCAUGUAACCGGGGCCAGUUCAGGGCGCUUCUGGGGUUUCGAAUAUACCCCCUUCUCGACAUUCUGGAGAUACUGCGAUAACGCACAAUGCUCAGCUCGACGUUACCGCUGGAGCUUACGAAUUGCCCUCACCCAAUACGGCAUUCCAUUGACUGUCAUCACAGGGCUUGAACUCGUCUCAGGCGGGGUCAAGUACACAUCCCCAGGGUUUGAGACACUAAAGCGCUUUCACGAAGGUCUCUUGGACGUUUCAGAAGCGAAAAGACGGUUUCUAGAACUAUACAGAGCUGAUCCGUCAUUGAAGCAUCAUGUCAACCCUGCUGGCCGGGACUAUAUGCAGGGCCUUUUCCGUCAGCCCGGCAUGCAUGGCAUAGAAGGCAAUCUUCAAAUGUUAGAUUUUUUCGUACGAGAACUGGGAAUGAGUAUCGGGAAUUGUGGUUCAAGCUUUCUGAUGAGACAUCUACUCUAUUACUAUCAAGGUUGGACUCGGGUGGAUCUACUUGAUUCACUUCUUCAACGCGGGCUUGACCCUGACGGGGCGGAUCUUCCAGCACCUGAGUACUGGCCAGCAUUUGCAAAGUGUGCAUUUUGGGGUGUGGAUAUGGCCCGCGAUCCCUUUCAUGUCCAUUUCCUUGCCAGGAUAGUCUGCAAUGAGACAGCCACCGGCUUUGGCGGACUUACUCCCUUACACCAGGCUGUUCUCCAACAAUCUGUUAAGACGGUUGUUUCGCUUAUCUCACAGUCAACAGCUGGUGUGAACGAGAAGAACUUUCUGGGUCAAACACCCCUGCAUCUAGCCACCCCAAGCUUGGAGCUCGUUACUCUACUGUAUGAGGCUGGGCACGACAUCAACGCUCUGGACAGGUCGGGGGCAACGCCUUUAAUAUAUGCAGGGGCGAUGGGAAAUGCUGAGGUUGUUCGGUUUCUCAUUGCUCAUGGGGCAAAUAUCUCCAUCACAGAGAAGGAAGGGAGGAAUUUCUUCACUUAUACAUCCGAUUGUAGACGAUGGAGCUUGGUACUCGAUGUUUUGGGAGCAAUUCGACCUCAUUGCAGUCCAGAGGACUUCCAAUGUUGUGAGGAGGCUAAUGCACUUGUCCGGUGUGGUUUCACUGGCUUCAACCAGCCCAACAGUGAAGGCCAAACCCCCAUAUUUUCGCUGAUUAGGUACCCGGAUGCCGGUCUGCUCGGCGUUUUACUGGCUCAGGGCACAAACAUCAAUCAUGUCGACUUGAACGGACGGUCAAUUUUGUCGUACUUGAUAGAAUACUUGGGCUUCUCCCGCAAUAUCUGGGGCGCAAUGGACUCGAUUAAUGUGUGCGUGAGCGGGGGCUCUGACAUCUUCUUAUCAGACAAUUGCCAGUGUGCUUGUUCUCCCGGUGGCUACUGCGUCUCUUCCAUGUUUGAUCUCACUUUCGAGGAAUCAAACCAGGUCGCCUUCGUGUGGGGAUUUGAAUUCCUGUCGCUGGUGGAAGACGAACGGGGGCUCGAGGAAUCGCGAAAAGUGCUUUUAUCACUUCUUCGCGCAACAUGGGCCGAGAAGAUCGGGAUUACCCAUGUUUGCUGUAACGGAGAGGUGUAUGCGGCCAGUUACUUACGAGAUGAACCAUUGACUGUCCAUGAAGUCCUCGAGAUUCUCGACGAGGAAGAAGAACUUAUCGAAGAAUUGAACAAUAAGAUGUGCACCUUGCCAUCCGAUAGUUUUGAGAAUCUCAGGACGAAAUGGAUGAUAUUGCUCAAGGAGGUAUUCGAUGACAGAUCAAAGGCCUUUGAGAGUUUGAAUCAUCCAUCACGACCACCCCUAGAAGUUGAUUAUAAAAACGAUACUUUUGUCAACCCCUGCGACAACAUGGAACUUCCGCCUUCAUUGUUGACACCUAUCGCGGAAUAUCUCAUAUGGAUGGAACACGAAUAUGUACGACGGAAAGCAAAAGUUACAAGUCAUGAAAGAAAGGCAUGGUAUGUUAAACGACUGUUGUGGAUUGUGGAACUAAUGCAAGUCACGGAUCUCGAUGCCGAUGAGAUUGUUUCUGCAAUGCAGGAACAGCUGGACCGCUGGAAAGAUGAGCUACCGGAGAACUUGGAUGGGCAGCGUGUUAUUAACCACUUUCUAGGUUCCAUGAAGGCGAUUGAUGCCAAUGUUGUGAAAUAA